AGAGCAGAGCUGGGCGGCUGCGGGGAGGCUGGCUGCACGCAACUAUGGAGAGAGUUUUGCAGCGAGAGGUGAAGGGCGCGACGCCAGGUGUAGUGGCGAUGAGGGCCAAGCCUCCCAAAGAGCAACACGCUGACAAACAUCUCCGUAAAAUUAGACUUAAUGCUUUUAAGAAAGAUGCCAUCCAAGCUUCCAUUAAAGAGAAUGAAAAGUUUCACUUGGGUAUUCAGUGGGACAUGCACAUUGACCGACGUUUUAUGGACAAACUUGUGCAGAGAAAAGUGGAAGAUGCUAUGCAAGGGUUUUUGAUAAAUACUGAAGAAAGAAGAGAAAGGCUUCGCGAACUCCUGGAAGCUGAGGAAAAUCAAUAUUUGACUGAAAUUGAAGCAAAGGAAAUCACAACAAUGGUCAGACAAGACCAGAUGCGGGAGAGAGUUCGAGAACUCAGAGAAGCACGAGAAAAAGAGAGGCAAGAAUUUGUUGCUAAAAAACGUGACCAACAAUUCAGGGAGCACUGUGAGGAUUUCCGUGUCCUCUUGAACCAAGUCCAAGAGAAGAAGGUAAUGGAAGAACGAGCCAUACAGGUAGCAUUUAAUGAGGAACUAAGGAAACAAAAAAUGAUAGAAGAAAAAAUGUACAUUGAGCUUUGGGAACACGACAGAUUAGCAAAGGAAAAGAGAGCUGCCGAUGAAGCCUGUGAAAAAGCAAAGAGAGAUGAGCAGACACUCUUAUGUCUCAGUGCCCAGAUGGCUACUCUUAAUGCUCAAAAACAGGAGGCUAGGCGUCUGAAGGAAGAAGAAGGUCUACUAAUGGAAAAGAGAGUAGCUCAGGUGAAACUAGAUAAAGAAAGAGAGAGGCUGGAGAAGAAGCGGAAAAUGCAUCAGACCAGAGACAUUCUGCAGCAAGCCCUCCAGGACAGGAAUGAGCGUCUGGCUCAGGAAAGAGCAGAGGAACUUUACUUGGACAACAAGCUUUUGGAAAUUGCUCGUCAAGAAACGCGAGAUGAGACUGAAGAACUGAGGCAAAAGAAAGAAGACACUGAGAGGGAGCAAAAGCUAUAUCACGCCUAUCUGAACGAGUGCUGGGAAGCUGAGAGAUUUCAUGAAGAUGAGGCGGACAAAAUAAUAGCGGCUGAGGCAGCAAAGAUAAAAGCCAAGAAGGAUGCACAACUGAUGCUUGAAAAAGAUGCGAGAAAACGACUAAUGGAUGAUGUCUUGGCUACCAGACAUUUACAAGUUAUAGAAAAAAUGGAAAGAGAAGUAAAAGAAAAAGAGCUUGAUCUUCAAUUAAUGAUUAAAGGUCUUGAAGAGCUUAACCGUCAAGAUGCAGAAAAUUAUGCAAGAAAAUGCAAGGAAACCCUGGAAUACAGGGAGCACCUGCAAGCUCAAAUUGAACACCAGCUAAAGAAACGAGAGGCAGAAAAAGCAGCAGAAAGGAAAGAGUAUGAAGCAGGCCUGGUGGCAAAGAAAGCACUGGAUGAAAGAAUUCAGGAAGUACUUGCAAAGCAUGAAGCUGACCCAGAACACACCCAUCCCUUUCGAAGAACCGUUCCCAAAAAAUAUCCAUUUCCACGAUAGUAUGUUUAGUAUCAAUUAAGAUACAGAUAAACUCUUCUAAUGCUCAAAUAUAAUUUAUUUUCAGAUUCUUACUAACUCAUUAAUAAACUAUCCUUUCUUCUUGGAUUUGUAUAAUUAUUUUUCAAGGUCCCCAUAUCUCUUUCUCUUUAUAAGAGAGUUUCAUCCUUUCU